AUUAAGAUACUUAGAGGGACAGCUGACAGUCAGCUAGGAGGUUUUGAUUUGAUCUCAUGUUACCUGAUUUGAUUUUCCUUAGUCUGACUAAAGACAUGACUGGAAAGGAAGAUGUGUACCGGGGUCCAGCCAUCAGGGCCCUCUGCAGGAUCACUGACGGAACAAUGUUGCAAGCCAUUGAAAGAUACAUGAAGCAGGCCAUUGUGGAUAAAGUGUCCAGUGUAUCCAGUUCAGCAUUGGUGUCUUCCUUACACAUGAUGAAGAUAAGCUAUGACGUGGUGAAGCGCUGGAUCAAUGAAGCCCAGGAAGCGGCAUCAAGUGACAACAUUAUGGUCCAGUACCACGCGCUGGGAGUCCUGUAUCACCUUAGAAAGAAUGAUCGUCUUGCUGUUUCCAAGAUGCUGAAUAAGUUUACUAAAUCUGGGCUCAAGUCACAGUUUGCUUACUGCAUGCUCAUCCGAAUUGCCAGUCGCUUACUUAAGGAGACCGAGGAUGGCCAUGAAAGCCCACUCUUUGAUUUCAUUGAAAGCUGCUUGAGAAAUAAACAUGAAAUGGUUAUAUAUGAAGCUGCUUCUGCCAUCAUCCAUCUCCCUAACUGUACUGCCAGAGAGUUGGCACCUGCUGUUUCAGUUCUUCAGCUUUUCUGUAGCUCUCCUAAGCCGGCCUUGAGAUACGCAGCUGUGAGGACCUUGAAUAAAGUGGCAAUGAAGCACCCUUCUGCAGUUACUGCCUGCAAUCUGGACUUAGAAAACUUGAUCACAGACUCCAACAGGAGCAUUGCUACCCUAGCCAUUACCACACUGCUCAAAACAGGGAGUGAGAGCAGUGUGGACAGGCUCAUGAAGCAGAUCUCUUCUUUUGUGUCUGAAAUUUCAGAUGAAUUCAAGGUGGUGGUCGUACAAGCAAUCAGUGCCCUCUGUCAGAAGUACCCUCGGAAGCACAGUGUCAUGAUGACCUUCCUGUCCAACAUGCUUCGCGAUGAUGGAGGCUUUGACUACAAGCGGGCCAUCGUGGACUGCAUUAUCAGCAUUGUGGAAGAGAACCCUGAGAGUAAAGAGGCAGGGCUGGCCCACCUGUGUGAAUUCAUUGAGGACUGCGAGCACACUGUCCUGGCCACCAAGAUUCUACACUUGUUGGGCAAAGAGGGCCCCAGAACCCCCAUCCCCUCCAAGUAUAUCCGCUUUAUUUUUAACCGGGUUGUCCUGGAGAAUGAGGCUGUCAGAGCUGCUGCUGUCAGUGCUUUGGCAAAAUUUGGGGCUCAGAAUGAGAAUCUUCUCCCAAGCAUCCUUGUACUCUUACAGAGGUGCAUGAUGGAUACUGAUGAUGAGGUGCGGGACAGAGCCACCUUCUAUCUGAACGUGCUGCAGCAGAGACAGAUGGCCCUCAAUGCCACUUACAUCUGCAAUGGUCUGACGGUGUCUGUACCAGGGAUGGAGAAGGCUUUACACCAGUACACGCUGGAACCUUCAGAAAAACCCUUCGACAUGAAAUCAGUUCCUCUGGCCAUGGCUCCUGUCUUUGAACAGAAGGCAGAAAUUACACUUGUGGCUACGAAGCCCGAGAAGUUGGCUCCUUCCAGACAAGACAUUUUCCAAGAACAACUGGCGGCCAUUCCCGAGUUUAUGAACCUAGGGCCCUUGUUCAAGUCCUCUGACCCUGUUCAGCUGACAGAAGCAGAGACAGAGUAUUUUGUUCGCUGUAUCAAGCACAUCUUCACCCACCACAUCGUGUUCCAGUUUGACUGCACCAAUACUCUCAAUGACCAGCUACUGGAGAAGGUAACAGUGCAGAUGGAACCGUCAGACUCCUGUGAGGUGCUGUGUUGCAUCCCAGCCGCCAGCCUCACUUACAACCAACCAGGAAUAUGUUACACCCUCGUCCGUUUGCCUGAUGACGACCCCACAGCAG